AAACUAGGGAGACGAUGAAGUUGGCUAUACUGUUGGGUAUACGGCGGAGGGUGGGCUAGAGUAUGAAGUUUCAGGGAGACUUGAGACCAUCCCUGACCUGGAACUAAUGGUUCCACGGAGGGCCCCCCCCCGGUGGUUUAGUCCGGCCUGGCCUACCGGACCUGCCCGACCAGCGUCGGCCGCGGCUCAGCAAGGCUCCCGGCGCCGCCUCCUCCUAGCCCGCGCAACACGACAAGAAGUUCUUGGCCUCUACCGCAGAAUUUUCAGGCUUGUGAGGAAAUGGCAGGCAGCAUCAGGGCAGAUGGAAGACACCAUUAAAGAAAAACAGUACAUAUUAAAUGAAGCCAGAACACUGUUCCAGAAAAACAAAAACCUCACAGACACAGACCUGAUUAAACAGUGUAUAGAUGAAUGCACAGCCAGGAUUGAAAUUGGACUACAUUACCAGAUUCCUUAUCCAAGGCCAAUUCAUCUGCCUCCAAUGGGCCUUACCCCACUACGAGGCCGGGGACUUCGAAGCCAGGAAAAACUGAGGAAAUUUUCCAAACCAGUAUAUCUCAAGUCUCAUGAUGAGAUUUCCUAACCCAGAAGAAAAUUUGUUUCUCAGAAUGAUGAGCCAACUAGGUCUUGAAUGUAAACCAGAUGACAAAACCCUUCUGCUUGAUUAGGGGCAAAAAUUUAAGUAUCUUCUUAAAAACCUCAAAAAUAUUGGUAUUCACCCCAUGAUCUGUGCUCACACAUCUUUUCAGUUCAUCAGAAUCUUGUUGCCUACAUGGAUGACACUAACCCUAGAGCUUACACCCUCACUGAAGCAUCAUUUGGAAACAAGACUAAGGCCUGUAAAAGGAAGACAAGGAUGACAAAGCUUUUUCAUGGAAAUGCCAUUUGCCAAACAUGCCAGCUGAUAUGAAGAAAUUAGCCAGUUGCUGGAAGUUCUCAUAGCAACUAUAAAACUAUAUACCACCUUCAGAAUAUUUUUAGGCUUUUUCCCCAGAGUUUUUGCUUAAAACACAAAGGCUUGCUUGAAAGUGGGUUUCUUUGUGUAUGUUCUAUUAUCUUUUGACCUUCCCAAUUCCCAGAUAAACUUCUCAUUGGAGUGCCUCAUUGCAGAUGCCUGGGUGGCUCUGUUGGUUAAGCAUCUGAUGAUUUCAGCUCAGGUUCUGAUUCCAAGGUCUUGGGAGCCCUGUGUUGGGUUCCUCUCUCAGCAGGAACCUGCUUGUGGAUUCUCUCUCUCUCCCUCUUUCCCCUCCCCCUGCUUGUGCUUUCUCUAAGAUAAAUAUAUCUUUUUUUUCUUAAGUGCAUCAUUGGAUUGAGUGUAUUGUUUCAUGGAAAUUUUACUUGAGACCCAUCCCUUCCCCCAACAUACACAAAAGUAGUUGUGUUAAGUAAAUGCACAUAUGUUUACUUUAUCUUAAGGCCUGUCUUAAGGAUGCACAUAGGAUCUGAAAGGCUCACUUGAAACCCAUACUGCUGCAUUCAUUAUAAGUAUUUUAUCUUAACAUUAGAAAGUACAAGGGCCAACCCAGCUUUCAAAUUAUGUCUAAACAGAAAUGGUACAAAGAGAAAUCAAAAUAUAAAAGAUUUAUACCCCUGCAUGUGUGGAGUCCCAUGGCAAGUCAUGUGUACCUCAUUAUUAUUCCUUUUGACCUCCAAAGAGAAUGAGCAUCACCAAUAAAGACAAACCUAUAUCAA